GUCGAGGCCGUCUCGCCUGUGAUUGGCCGUUUGCCUUUGAAGCCUCGGAAGUGUCAUGUGUGGACCCGAGCUCCACUCGGUCACAUCGCGGCGGCGUCGAGCGGAUUCACCGAGUUUUCAGGAAGAAAUGGCGACGAGGAAGAAGUGAAGCAGGAGGACGAUGUCUGUGGAGGUGGACGCGUUGCUGCAGGAGGCUAAAGAAAGCAUCGAGGCCGCUCAGAACUAUCGCAGUGAACUGCAGCAGAGGCUUCAUGGCCUCAACCAGGCUCGCUCACAGGUGCGGGGCAGCUCGGGUCAGGCCCGCGAGGCCCUCCGCAGGCACUUCACUGAGCUGCAGGCCGCUGCCUCCCGGCUGCUGACGGAGCGGCUGAUCGCCCUGCUGGCCGAGGUGGACUCCAUCGAGGCCGACAGCAUCAAGCCGCUGGACGACUGUCAGAGCCUCAUCGAGCACGGGGUGGGCCAGGCCGACGAGCUGCUCCGAGAGGGGGAGGCAGCGCUGCGCUGUGGUCUCGGGGAGAAGGAGGAAAAACUGGGCAGUUUCACCAAGAAGGCCAUGCACAUCCAGCUGGACAGUCUGCCCGAGGUCCCAGCAUUGGUGGACGUCCCGUGUGUCUCGGCCCAGCUGGACGACUCCCUGCUGGGGCUGCUGAGGGAGCGAGUGUCCCGCCACGGCGCCGUCUCGUCCUGCCCGCCGGUCCAGAUCGACGAGCUGCAGGAGAGACCGGGCGGCAUCCUGGUCCGCUGGUGUAAGGUGGACGAGGACUUUGCGGCAGCGGACUACCGGCUGCAGCACCGGCGGUCCGGCACCGGGGGGAGCCAGUACGAGGAUUCCUACAUCGGGCGGGACUGCGAAUUCCUGGUUCUCCAAGUGGAUCCUCACACGGAUUAUCUGUUCAGGGUCUGUGCCCGCGGGGAGGGUCGCACCGAGUGGAGCCCCUGGAGCAUCCCGCAGACAGGGUACACCACGCUCGCUCCACACGAGUGGAGUCCAGGCACUGACGGCUUCAUCCUGAGCAGCAGGAGAAACAUCGCUCUGCGCAAUGACUCAUCCCAAACCCGCUGCCGAGUCCUUUACUCCAACGCCCCCACGUACUUCUGUGGCCAGACACUGACCUUCAAGAUCUCUGCGGCGGGUCAGGUGGACCGGAGGGACGGUCUGGGCGUGUGCGUGAACUGCCAGAAGGGGGCGGAGUCGCUGCAGCGAGACCAGGCUGUCUGCAUCUCUACCAACGGCGCCGUGUUCGUGAACGGCAAAGAAAUGACCAACCAGCUUCCCGCCAUCGCCACCGGCUCGGCCGUGACCUUUGACAUGGAGGUGGUGAACCUGUUCCCCGUCAGCAGCAGCAACAACAACCUGAGCGACGGCUGCAACUUCAAGCUGCGCGUGACCAUCGGCUCGGGCAGCCGCGAGGUGGUGUUCGACUGGCUGGUGGACCAGGCGGUGGACGGCCUCUUCUUCGGCUGCUCCUUCGUCCACUCGGGCUGGAAAGUCCUCGUCUUCUGAAGACACACAGGCUCCGCCCCUUCUUCACGUCGCAUCAUUGUAAUUCUGUUCUUUCCUCUUGUACGCCAGAAGUGUUUCCAGGGCGACUGUGGAGUCUGGAAGAAGAAAACGGGGAAAAAAAAAUCAGUGGUUACAUCACAGAUCAGUAAUAUUUCUCACAUAGAUUUUUUUCUUCCCCCAAAUAUGUAAAAAAGACAAAAAAACCCUGUGACCGACAUGUCCUGGAGAACGAUUCACCUUCACUAUGUCAGGAACCAGAGGCACAACGUGGAAAAGUUCCUCUGGAGAACCGUCAAGUUGGAGCGUCGCCAUUCCACCGAAUCGGUCCAUAGCCCAACGUGGAUUGAAUGCGAGAAGCCUCGUCUUCAGUGAAACUCCUUCAUGGUUCUCCAAACGCUUUGGUUGUGUUUGUUUCACUGUGUUUACAUGCGCUGAGUGAACUUCGACCUUCUGCCUCUUGUUCAGUUCACCUGUAACGGGAGAAUCAGCUGAACCUGAUUUACCCCCUCUGCUUCAUUUCUUCUGCAGAAAACCGAUUUCUCGCAACAGGGUUUUUUUCCCGCUUCUUCUUCUUAUCGGCGUUUAAACAUGACCUCUGUGCCUGUCAGACUUCACAGAGGGGGAGAGUAUCACCGAGCGAGGAGGGAACUUUACUAACGUUACAUCGUCCGAACUGUGACAGACUGAGCUCUGAAAAAAAGAUCAAAAUAACCUCAAGUAACAAGGCUUUGUCAAAGCGGUCAUUUUGUAAACGCAGGGCAGCUGAACUUUACUUGGUUUCUCGUUUGCAUGUAAACGUGUAAACGUGUCAUCUCCGAUCCUGAUUUUCUGUUUUCCCCUCAGACUCUUUGUAAACUCUGUCGGCGUCGAACGGAAACCGGUCGUGUUAACGAACGACGGUCCAACCAUCGUUUCCCGACGUCUUGUUUUGAUUUACUGAACCUUCUUAUGAGGUUGACUGUUGUUUACAGCUGUUUGUUUUUUAAAGUAAGAUAACGUUCACAAUCAUAGGAUUUCGGUGGAUUUUUUUUACAGGUGUGAGUGUUUAUGAAGAAGAAUAUCUGAGAGAAAUGUGGUGAUUAUUGAUCAAUACCUUGGCGACAUUAAGUCACUUUAAGUCUUUUCUCUCCAUGUUGUCUUCAUUCAGCAGCAUUUUGUUUCCAAUGUUACGUGUUUUUUUUUUACCAUUGGUGUUUUUCUUGGAGCAGACUCGUUACAAUCAGCCGCUGCCUCUUUAAAGGUUUAGACUUUAAACCUGCUGGUGGUGUUUUUUUAUUAUUAAAUGUUUUAUUAUCAUUUGUUUUUUCUUACAAAAAAAAAACAACUUAACUGUGAAAUUCAAACGUCCUUUUUGUUUUUCUCUUUGCCUCAUGAACCAGCAGACGAUUUAAAAAAAAAAGGGACAGUUCACCAAUUAAACCAACAACAGUGUCGGAAAUGUUGAGAGGGAAUUUUGGAGAAUUCGUACGGGACGAAGUGACGACGACCUUCAGUUGAGUGUGAGAUGUUUGAAGAUGUAGAUGAUUCAUGUCUUGUUUGUCGAACGAAUACAAAGAAUCUGCAUCUUGAAAAACUCUUUGGCGGAGUUACUGUUACAUGUUUCUAUGUGGAAUUAAAAAAGGUCUUAAAAGUAUGAAAACGUA